AAACUUAUUUCUACUUGUUUUGAAGGGAAAGGGUCACCACACUGCAACAACAGGCCUUGAUUUCGAUCCUCACUUUUUUUUAGCUGAAAAUAUUUCCCAUUUUCAGAAUUUAAGCUGCACAAAGAAGUGUAAACACGCGCGCUGUUUUAGCUGAGCCGAACUGUCAUGGCGGGUCACGACACAGCCACCGGAAUGCGGAAUUUUUGAGAACAAUAAUUAUUGUCGGCAUGGAAGUACAAAAGGUUAAGGAUAUAUUAUAUAUUUUAUGCUCCGUAAGGGUGAUACAUGAAAGUUUUCUUGUAUUUCUACACAUCUGGAGAUCUAACGAAGCAUAGUUUUGCCGUCAAAACGAACUGAAUGACCAACUUCGCGGAAGGAGAAGAGGAAAGGCAACUUCAUUUUGCAUAAACCCGCUGGUUACAAAUGGAAGACAAAACCGGCUCAAAACAAGAAGACAAAAAAGAAUACUGUGGGGGAAAUGGUUAUUGUCUGAUCGACGAGAGAACUCUAAAUUUACUUUUAUAUGGCUCCCGCGAAGUCAGAGUUAUAGACGUGCAGAAACUAAAACGGAAGGUUGAAGAUGAACAAGGAGGUUCGUCUUCCAAAAAACAGAACAAUACCGAUGACCAUGAGAAGCCUCGGCUCACAAACGCCAUUAGAUCAUUCCCGGAUGAAGUGCAUCUCUGUAGAUCGAGUAUUCCUGGUGCUGGUUAUGGAGUGUGCGCGAAAGAGCACAUUCCGCUGGGCACAUGGAUAGGACCGUAUGAAGGAAGCCGCCUGCCCGCCCGAAAUUUUCCUUCAAAUUAUGAAACAGGAUAUCUAUGGGAGAUCUACAAAGAUGGCCGCCUAAGUCACUAUAUUGACGGACGCGAUGAAGACAACUCCAGCUGGAUGCGAUUCAUUCAAUGCGCACGUCAUGUAAAGGAGCAGAAUCUAUACGCUUUUCAAUACUGUGGCAACAUUUUUUACCGGGCGUUUAAGGAGGUCCCCCCCGGGACAGAAUUGCUGGUUUGGUACGAUGAAAAAUAUCCACAAUUUCUUGGAAUUCCUCUUGGUAUACAGGACUAUGAAUUCUUCAGAGAAUCUGUGUCAUCUUCCAAUACCCAAAGCUCUCCAGUCUGCAGUUCCGCCAGUUUGUUUGUUGACCCAGUGACACGGUAUCCAAAAGCCCACGGUUUUCAAGAAUCACAUGAUAAUCCUAAUACGGGUAGUUUUAGAUUCCCUUUACCACGUGAGCCACCUCCACGCUUCGUACGCCCCUCAAGCAGUGCGGGUAAUGUUUUCCCGCGAGACAAGCUUGGCACUUCUGGAAUUAGAGGUGGUCCUAGUUUUGCUGCAGGCUCAGUUGAAAGUAAAAUGAUUGAGACAGAUUUAACCGCAACGACAACAGUUGAUGGACAAUUUUUCAGGAACUUUUCGCAAAUACCUGCGCCCAGUGGUAACAAUUUUUAUUCGCCGCAAAUAAAGAACAAGGACUCGCAAGAAAAAGUUGUGAAAACUGAAAAUUCAACCCGAGGGUAUAUGUCUGAUAAACAUUGGGAACGGCAAAGAGAUGAGGAUCCCUUGUCUAAUAACGAAAGAAGACUUCCAGCAAAAAUAAACGCUCUGCGUGAAAUGCCGCCAUUACAAUUCUUCGAUAAUGAUCAAAAACAUUCUCCUCGCACGAAUGAAGUUCAAGCUCUCAAGCGAAAUGGAGAUGGAGUGAAGAGUGUAAUGCCAGCGCUUCGUCCUGCUAUGCCUCCGCUUCUCCACACACCGCAAUAUCAUGAACACUUAGGAACAAACAUAUCAGGAAUUUCUCUGUCUCCGGAUGAAUUUGGUAUGUGGAGGUGCCGGCAGUGCUUAAAGACUUUCACUCAGCGGGUUCUUCUUCAAAUGCAUGAGUGUUCCCAGACCCCUGAUAAACCGUAUCAGUGCGGCCAGUGUACGCUUUCAUAUGGGACGCCGUCAGAACUCAGAAGUCACGUGGACACGCAUACCAAUGAGAAGUUGUUUAAGUGCGGGUUCUGUUCGCGCUCUUUCUCAGGGGCUACCACCUUAAACAACCACAUACGCACCCACACCGGUGAGAAGCCAUUCAAUUGUGAGAAAUGCCACAAGACAUUUUCACAAGCUAGUCAUUUAGCGAGACAUCAGCGAGUCCCUGGGGACUGUGUUCCCUGGCAGAUGGGAUAGAUUAAAAGUCAGCUUAGCUGCUGCAAAUUGAUAAACAGACUCAGCUAAAAAGCUUUCUUGCCACCCAAUUCAGAUCAUACGACUACUUUUUUGGGAGGUAAAAACUGAUAGAUUUGUAACACGGAAUUGAAAGAAAUGAUGUGUAUGCAAACAGAGAAAGUGUAACUUCCCAAAUGAAUAAUCAAACGAUCUGAUCUUAGCGGAAACAAAGAUGGGAACACGAGAGCCAAACCCGCUUCUGUUUGUAAGGAUUUGGCCCGAUCAUUCCAAUCAAUACUCAAGCGAUCGAGAAUUUAAUGAAAUCAAGAUCAGACAAUCACUGGCUCGCACGAUCCGCGCGUUCGGAUAGAACUAAGUUCGUGUUUGAGCCUGAUUCCCACUUGAUCGCCUUAAUCGUCCCAGUCGCCCCAAAACCUUGCGCAAACGAGACGUUCCAGAUUGUCACGUGACAAUCAGCCCUUAACUUACACACAGAGUCGUUCUAAUGUUUCUCAACAAAAAAUUUUAGUUAAUGAAAAGCGUGCACUUGGAAAUGGUAGGGUUUAUUUUCACACCGAGUCAGUUUAAGGUCCAUCUCUGGUUUUUUCACUGCACUAAUACAACUUAGUCAAGUUUUCCUAUAAUGUCUCUCAAAUGUCAUUCCUUACCCAGUAGCACUCAUCCACUCCGUUUCUUGAAAUAUCUAAUUUUUUUGCUGGGAAUUACUCAAGAAGAUACUCAACGGUAGAAGCAUUUAUCAUUAGGGAUAUUUUGUAUUCAAAUUGGAAUGAAAAGAGUAACAAAAAUGAGCUUUCUGUAGAAUCUUGUUUGUAUAUUUUCGAUCCGUUUAACCUGAAGGGUUACUUUCCACCGUCUAUUGGAGUUGAUGACCCCGUUUGAAUGUGCAAUAUGAUAAUUAAUUUCUCCUUGCAGUGGAUACCGUCAUCCACGACUUCCUCUAACAACUGCAAAUUGGAUGGACGAGGGUACUCUGGAAAUACGUACCAACGUAGUAACUGAAUAUACUAAACGAAAAGCGUUUUAUCUGCUUUGCAGAAAAAUAGAACAUUUACAAGUUAAGAAUUGUUUUUUCUUUUUUACAUGUCACAGGUUUCUGUGCGCCAUCAAUGUUAUUUUGUACAGUGGAAGAUUAACUAUAUACAAAGUUUAUGUCAGUUUCUAGCGCAUAUCGUCUACCCCUCUAGUGUUAACUACGUGUUUCUCAGUAACGACGACAAGGCAGUGCUCACCAAAACAAAUUAAAAAAUGCUUGAUUCAGGGCUGGAUUAA